GUGGCGCGGCGGCGGCAUCUGUUGGCCGCCUCUCCCCCUUCCUCCUUUACUGCCGCCGCGGGGCCGCUCCCCCGCCCAAGGCUCUGUAGGGCUGCCGAGGGGCGAACAGGCCAGGCAGAGGCGAGGGCAGGGGUCCCCGUGCUGUUCGCGCGCAGGGCUGUCUGUGUGAAGCAGCCGGGGCUAAGGCGGCAGAAGAACAUGGCAGCAUUACCCAGAGUGAGGUGGAGAUGAGGGAUGCGGGGAAAGUGCCAGCCCUCAGCGCUCUCCACGGGGAAGGGAGUGCGGGUUGCGCCUGACUUCUGCUCACAGUUACAGGUGCAGAGGGGCUCGGCAGUGCCACCGAGUUGGCAGCUCCUGGGAGGAGAGAGAGCCUCACGAAGAGCCAUCCCACAAGACAGCAGCGAGAUGGGGAUUGGCACAUAGUGAAGGUAGUUAAGGGUUGUGGAGUGCAAGGGCCUAUUGAUUGGGACUGCCUUUAACCCUUUCAUAUUUGCAGAGAUAGUCUGUCUGUGGCAGUAACUGAGUGUUGGCAAAAAAGAGGUCAAGGUUCACAAAGACUUGCCUACAAUCAAAUACAUGACCAUGGGGGAUAUGAAGACCCCAGAUUUUGAUGAUCUUCUUGCAGCCUUUGACAUACCAGAUGUGGUUGACCCAAAAGCAGCUAUUGAAUCUGGACAUGAUGACCAUGAAAGCCACAUAAAACAAAAUGCACAAACAGAUGACGAUUCUCAUACACUAUCAUCAUCCGAUGUUGGUGUGAGUGUCAUUGUGAAAAAUGUACGUACUAUUGAUUCUUCAGAAAGUGUAGACAAGGAUGGCCACCAUUCCACAGGAAAUGGCUUGCAUAAUGGCUUUCUGAUAUCCUCAACUCUUGAUAGUUACAGUAAAGAUGAAAGCAAGUCAUUUAAAGAUGUUGGGUCAGCUUCUGAGACUGCACUAAAGGAUUCAGCUUUCAACCAGUUUAGUCCAAUUUCAAGCGCUGAAGAAUUUGAUGAUGAUGAAAAAAUUGAGGUAGAUGAUCCUCCAGAUAAAGAAGAGAUGCAUGCAAAUUUCAGAGCAAAUAUCUUGACAGAUUCUGUAUCUCAGCAGGAAUAUGACAAACUAAAGACACUUGGGGGAGAGAAUUUGAUUAAAUCUGGUAUCUCAGUUUCAAGUAGUAUAGAUAAAAGUAAAGUUGCUAAACGAGAGACAAACUCUGUGAAUUCAAGUGUAUAUGAGCCUUUCAAAGCUCACAAGGCAGAGAACAAAUUGCUAAAAGACAAUUCUGAGAAGCUUCUUGAAAACAGAGUACUUGAUGGAAAAAUGCGUACUGAAAAAAGUGAAACGAAUCUUGCCAGCAUUUCACAGUCCAAAGCAAAGUCAUCAGCAAAGCUUUCUUCAUGCAUUGCUGCGAUUGCAGCACUGAGUGCUAAAAAGGCAGCUACAGAUACCAGUAAAGAUUUACAGUCUAAUUCAGGAGAGUCUUCUCCAUUACCAAAACAUAUGAGUGAAAGUCCCCCAGCUAUUGAAAAAUCACCUGAAUCUCAGAGUCUUAUUGAUGGUGAGCCAUCUAUUAAAUCACCUGAUAGUCCCAGAAGUGUAUCAAGUGAAAACAGUAGCAAAGGGUCUCCAUCUUCUCCUGCAGGGUCCACACCAGCAAUUCCUAAAGUUCGCAUAAAAACCAUCAAGACUUCCUCUGGGCAGAUCAAGAGAACUGUUACUAGAGUGUUGCCAGAAGUUGAUUUGGACUCUAGUAAAAAGCCAGAACAGGCUGCUUCUAUGGUAACUUCCAUGACAUCCCUCCUGUCCUCACCAACUUCUGCUGCUGUUCUUUCCUCUCCUCCUAGAGCUCCUCUCCAUUCCGCAGUCGUUACCAAUGCAGUUGCAUCUGCAGAACUCACACCAAAGCAGGUCACUAUCAAACCUGUGGCUACUGCCUUUCUCCCAGUUUCAGCAGUUAAAACAGCAGGUUCACAAGUUAUUAAUUUGAAGCUUGCUAACAAUACUACAGUGAAAGCCACUGUACUAUCUGCUGCUUCUGUGCAGAGUGCCAGUAGCGCCAUUAUAAAAGCUGCCAGUGCGAUACAGCAGCAGACCGUUGUGGUGCCAGCAUCAAGUCUUGCCAGUGCUAAACUUGUGCCAAAGACAGUCCAUUUUGCCAACCUUAAUCUUCUGCCUCAAGGUGCUCAAACCACCUCUGAACUCCGACAAGUGCUAACAAAACCCCAGCAACAAAUAAAGCAGGCAAUAAUUUCUGCAGCAGCCCCACAGCCUUCUAAAAAGGUGUCUCGAGUCCAGGUGGUGUCAUCUCUACAGAGUUCUGUAGUGGAAGCGUUUAAUAAGGUGCUGAGUAGUGUCAACCCUGUCCCAGUUUACAUCCCCAACCUUACUCCCCCUGCCAGUGCUGGAAUAAUGUUACCAACACGCGGUUACAAGUGUUUGGAGUGUGGUGACUCCUUUGCUCUUGAGAAGAGUCUGACCCAGCAUUACGACAGGAGGAGCAUGCGAAUUGAAGUGACUUGUAAUCAUUGUACAAAGAAUUUAGUUUUCUACAACAAAUGCAGUCUUCUUUCCCACGCACGUGGACACAAGGAAAAAGGAGUUGUAAUGCAGUGUUCGCACCUGAUUUUAAAACCAGUCCCAGCAGAUCAAAUGAUAGCAUCUGCUUCAAGCAAUACUGCUACAUCUACGCAUCAAAGCCCAGUGGGAGUUGGCACACACACUGUAACUAAGAUACAGUCUGGCAUAACAGGAAUAGUCAUAUCAGCCCCAGCAAGUACACCUAUCGUUCCAGCCAUGCCACUAGAUGAAGAUCCAUCAAAACUCUGUAGACAUGGUCUAAAGUGUUUGGAGUGCAAUGAAGUUUUCCAAGAUGAAACAUCUCUUGCUAUACAUUUCCAGCAGGCUGCAGACACAAGUGGACAAAAGACAUGCAAUAUCUGCCAGAUGCUGCUUCCUAACCAGUGCAGUUUUGCAUCACACCAGAGAAUUCAUCAGCAUAAAUCUCCAUACACGUGUCCUGAAUGUGGAGCAAUCUGCAGAUCUGUCCACUUCCAGACUCAUGUCACUAAGAACUGCCUGCAUUAUACUCGAAGAGUUGGUUUUCGCUGUGUGCAUUGCAGUGUUGUAUACUCUGAUGUGGCGGCACUCAAGUCUCACAUUCAAGGUUCUCAUUGUGAAGUCUUUUACAAAUGUCCCAUCUGUCCCAUGGCAUUUAAAUCUGCUCCCAGCACACAUUCCCAUGCCUAUACACAACACCCGGGUAUCAAGAUAGGCGAACCAAAAAUAAUAUAUAAAUGCUCUAUGUGUGAUACUGUGUUUACUCUACAACCUCUGCUCUAUCGCCACUUCGAUCAGCACAUUGAAAACCAGAAAGUGUCUGUUUUCAAGUGUCCAGACUGUUCUCUUUUGUAUGCACAGAAACAGCUUAUGAUGGAUCAUAUCAAGUCUAUGCAUGGAACUUUGAAAAGCGUGGAAGGGCCACCAAACCUGGGAAUAAAUUUGCCUCUGAGUACGAAAUCCACAAAUCAGAACUCAGCCAGUCACAACAGAGAGGACACAAGAUCUGUCAACAGAACAGAAAAGUUAAAGAGGAAAUCUCCUAUAAAGAAAGGAGAACCUAAAAAAGUCACAAGUCAUGGCUGGACAUGUUGGGAUUGUGAUAGGUUCUUCACUCAGAGAGACGUUUACAUCUCCCACAUGAGGAAGGAACAUGGAAAGCAAACGAAGAAACACCCUUGUCGACAAUGUGACAAAUCUUUCAGUUCAUCCCAUAGUUUAUGUCGUCACAAUCGUAUCAAGCACAAAGGCAUUAGGAAGGUUUAUACAUGCUCGCACUGCCCAGAUUCAAGACGUACUUUUACCAAGCGAUUGAUGUUGGAAAAACAUAUUCAGUUGAUGCAUGGCAUUAAAGACCCUGAUGUAAAAGAAAUGACUGAAUUGACUAGUAUGGAAGAAAGGGAAGUAAAAGAAGAUACAAAGGUUCCUAGUCCAAAGCGUAAAUUGGAAGAACCUGUACUAGAAUUCAGGCCUCCACGAGGUGCAAUCACACAACCACUGAAGAAGCUAAAAAUAAAUGUUUUUAAGGUUCACAAGUGUGCUGUCUGUGGCUUUACAACAGAAAAUCUUCUCCAGUUUCACGAACAUAUUCCUCAGCAUAAAUCUGACGGCUCUUCGUACCAGUGCAGGGAGUGUGGACUCUGCUACACGUCUCACGUGUCUCUCUCCAGGCAUCUCUUCAUUGUACACAAGCUGAAGGAGCCACAGCCAGUAUCAAAGCAGAAUGGAUCCAGGGAGGAUAAUCAGCAAGAGAACAAACCCAACCACGAAGAUGAAUUGUCUGACAACACAGUGUUGGACAGAAGAUGCAAAGUAUGUGCAAAGACUUUUGAAACUGAAGCGGCCUUAAAUACUCACAUGAGAACACAUGGCAUGGCCUUCAUUAAGUCAAAAAGAAUGAGCUCAGCUGAAAAGUGAUCAGAUCAUUGGGAUACAGAAAUCUCUCUCCACAUUGGAAUAAUAAUGACAUUUUUGUUACAGAAAGUUUAAGGUAUAAUAGUGUUAACAGUACUGUUCAGGCUAUUGCAAUAUAUUCUGCAUAAUAAUGUCCCCCUUUGCCUCAUUGUCUAUACCCUCAAAACCACUGAAGCAGUAUUUGAGUUGAAAAGAGUUUGUAUAUAUUUAAGCUAAUAACUUUUGUACUCUUUGUUAUGUGCUUGUAUUGGUAUCUAGUGGAAAAAAUUGUUUUUUGUUUUGUUUCUGUUUUUUGAAGUACAUUUCUCUAAAACAGAGUUCUUAAUGCUGGGGCAGUUUCUUGGGUUCUCUUAAACUGUUUCUUAUAUGAAUGUUUCUGAAAGAAAGUUUAGCAGAAGGCAGUGCUUGGAGGGGAAAAAAGAAGAAAGCAAGCCAAGGGGAGAUGUUAAAUUUCACAGGACUCAUGCUUCUAAAUGUAUUAGGAAGCUUUUAAACUUUCUCUCUAAAAAAAAUACCACUGCACGUAUAAAGUGCAGUGCUGAUUUAGGUGUCAACACCAAAACAGGUGCAGAUCCCCCAGAGUGAUAAAGUACUUUUGAAAAGUGUAAUUGCACAAAUAUAUAUAUAUAUAUAUCACAAAGUAAUUUUUAGCCAUCAGGUGCUUGUGGUCAAAGCUCAAAUAGUUAUAAAAGGGCUGGGCUGCUCUGGAUUAAACAAGUAAGAUGUAAUUAGAGAAAUAGGCAUAUAAUUAUGGUUUUUUUGACAUGUAAUUUAUUAAAUGUAUAGAAGUGAUUACACAGCAUUAUGUAUUUUCCUUUAUUUCUGGUUAUCAAAACAAAAUAGUUAACACUUGCUGCCGAGGUUGGUGUUUCCCAUGUAAGCUAAUGCCAAAUGUUCUGGUGCUCAGCAUUACAUUCAACCACAGCCAUCAAGAAGCGAACACACCACACACCAGCCUACGUGAGUAUAACUGGGGCUUCACCAUUAGCACAGACCUUACAGAGCUAGUUCAGCCAUUUCAAAGUACAUCUAAAGUCACUAGUUAUGCUUUCAGCAAGGACAGAAAGGUACCAUACUGUCCCUUUCAUAUAUGGUUCUCUGUAAGUUAUAUUUUUGUUUUGUUUUUGCAUUUUAUAUCUUGUAUGUAUCCCUACAAAACUGUUUUGUACUUUUUUUUUUUAAACAGUUUAUAUAUAGAUAACUGCAUGCUAUACAGUAGUAAUUGAUCAUUUCCUUAAAGUCUUGCUGCUGUCAGAUAUUACUAUACACUAUGCCCGUUAAGACUGUAUUAAACAUAUUUCGUAUGUAAAUAAAUGUGGAGCAUUUUACCCCAAAA